AACAUAUCCAGCUUUACACCGCCACCUCCGGGAGGAAACAGGGAAGGAUCACCGGGAUCGGAGCGCCUCGGCUGGCCCGCUUUAAUCUCUUCGGACGUUUUCUCCUUUUAAUCCCGGCGACACAAUCCGUGGUAGGGGGUCGCGACGGUGGUGCUGGAUCUAUCGGGAGGCCGGUAUGGGGGAGCACACGGCGUUUCUGCUCUUGCUGGUGGCGACCUUGACGCUUUCCUCUGAGGUGCCCAUGGACGACUCCGUGGGUCUGCUAACCGAGCCUCAGGUGGCCAUGUUCUGUGGGAAGCUCAACAUGCACAUCAACGUACAGUCUGGGAAAUGGGAGCCUGACGCAUCCGGCACCAAGAGCUGCAUUAGCACCAAGGAGGGCAUCCUGCAGUAUUGCCAAGAGGUGUACCCAGAUCUACAGAUCACAAAUGUCGUAGAGGCCAACCAACCUGUCAGCAUUCCCAACUGGUGCAAGAAGGGCCGCAAGCAGUGCCGGAGUCACACGCACAUCGUGGUGCCGUACCGCUGCCUGGUCGGGGAGUUUGUCAGCGACGCCCUGCUGGUUCCAGACAAGUGUAAGUUCCUGCACCAGGAGCAGAUGAACAAGUGCGAGAGCCACCUGCACUGGCACACCGUGGCCAAAGAGUCCUGUGGAGACCGCUCGAUGAAUCUCCACGACUACGGGAUGCUGUUGCCGUGUGGCAUCGACCGUUUCCGAGGGGUGGAGUUCGUGUGCUGCCCGGCGGAGGAGCAGCGCAAGUCGGACAGCGCGGAACAAAACGAGGAGGAGUCGGACGUCUGGUGGGGCGCGGCUGAGAACGAGUAUGCCGACAACAGCAUGACGCGCCCGGCCGACGCAGAGCCGGCCGCCGCCGAGGACGACGAGGACGAGGAGGAGGACGAGGAGGAAGAAGCCUUCGAGAGGGACGAGGAUGGAGACGGCGACGAAUACGACGAUGAAGAGGACGGCGGCGUAAUCGACGAGCGGUACGGCGACGAGCGCGGCGCCAACGUCGCCAUGACGACCACCACCACGACCACCACAGAGUCCGUCGAGGAAGUCGUGCGAGCGGUGUGCUGGGCCCGCGCCGAGUCAGGCCCGUGCCACGCCAUGCUGCAGCGUUGGUACUUCGUGCCCAGGAAGGGCCGCUGCGCUCCCUUCCUGUUCGGGGGCUGCGGGGGCAACAGGAAUAACUUUGAGUCGGAGGAGUACUGCCUGGCUGUGUGUAGCAGCUCGUUGCCCACCAUAGCACCCAGUCCUCCGGAUGCUGUGGACCAGUACCUCGAAUCGCCAGGGGACGACAACGAACACACCGACUUCCGAAAAGCCAAAGAAAGUCUCGAGGCCAAACACCGUGAACAGAUGUCCGAGGUCAUGAAGGAGUGGGAGGAGGCUGAGAGGCAGGCCAAAAAUCUUCCUCGUGCCGACAAGAAAGCUGUGAUUCAGCACUUCCAGGAGAAGGUGGAAGCUCUGGAGCAGGAGGCGGCAGAGGAGCGACAGCAGCUGGUGGAGACGCACAUGGCCCGGGUGGAGGCCCUGCUCAACAGCCGCCGGCGCCUGGCUCUGGAGAAUUACCUCAGUGCCCUUCAGACUACUCCUCCACGGCCUCGACAGGUGCUGAGCCUGCUGAAGAAGUACGUGCGUGCAGAACAGAAGGACAGGCAGCACACGCUGAAACACUACGAACACGUCCGCACAGUCGACCCAAAGAAGGCCGCGCAGAUCCGACCUCAGGUCCUGACCCACCUCCGUGUGAUUGACGAGAGGAUGAAUCAGUCACUGGGUCUGCUCUACAAGGUGCCCAGCGUAGCUAAUGAGAUCCAAAAGCAAGUUGCCACUAUAGUCCAGAGAGUCCAGUCGGAGCUGUCUCAGCAAGUCUCUUCCCUGCAGAGCGACGGGCGGGUGGACGGCAGGGUGAGUUAUGGUAACGACGCGCUGAUGCCAGAUCAGGCCUACAGCUCGGCUCCGAUGGAGCCCGGCCUGGACGGACGGGGCUUCAUUCACCCGGAGAGCUUCAACCAGCCAAACACUGAAAACCACGUUGAGCCCGUCGAUGCCCGUCCUAACCCAGACAGAGGACUCCCGACACGACCCGUUUCUGCGCUGAAGCCAGAAGAGAUGCCAGAGGUGCGGAUGGACACUGAAGAGAGGCAGAGCGCUGGAUAUGAGGUUUACCAUCAGAAACUGGUGUUUUUCACCGAAGACGUGGGGUCCAACAAGGGCGCCAUCAUCGGCCUCAUGGUCGGAGGGGUCGUCAUAGCGACCGUCAUCGUCAUUACUUUGGUGAUGCUGCGAAAGAAACAAUACACGUCCAUCCAUCACGGUGUGAUCGAGGUGGACGCGGCGGUGACCCCCGAGGAACGCCAUCUGGCCAAGAUGCAGCAGAACGGCUACGAGAACCCCACCUACAAAUUCUUCGAGCAGAUGCAGAACUAAAAGAACUGCUGCCCGACGUCUCCUUCAGGUGUGCACCCAGCCCCCACAGCCCCCCCAGCCCCCCCACCGGCCACCAUCUCGCUCUCUUCCAUUCCGAUCCCUUUCCCUCAGCCCCUGCAGGGACAACGACAGAAAAGAUCAAUCUUUGCAUGUCUCAGUCAGGGGUUUGGGCCGAAGGAAACCGGCAUGGAACAAAGUCUUUUUAAUCCCCAUUUUUUGCUUGAUUGUACAGAGCUAAAAAAAAAAAAAAAAAAAAAAAAAAAAAAAAGCCCCUGCCCCACCCACCCCCAAAACAGACAAAGGUACCCCGGUUUACCUGCACGUUUCAGCCAAUCGGAAGUCCCUCAUGGUGUUUGUACAGGAAAUACCUUUGUGUUUAUAUCGCAUCAUCGUCUGCUCUCAGAUUACAUUGCGAGGCUCUUAGAGCUCCUCAGCGCACGACUGAAGUGUUUCAGGUAGGUUUUACAUAAAAGAAGAAGAAGAAAAAAAAUAUAUCCUCAAUCAAAAUAUAUAAAAGCUGAUAAUAUUUAAUGUUUUCGUUAUUUUCUUUUUUUUAAAUGUGUAAUAUAAUAAGCCAGAGAUUAGCUGUAAGUGUAGUGCAUGGCAUUAUUGAUGACUUAUGUAUGCGGAGGUCCCGAGAGCGGACCUCCCUCUUGAUAUUUUAGCAGGAUUGUAUAUUUCCAGUGUCUUCUUUGUGAUCUCGUGAUAUGAAGAAGGAAAAAAAAAAAAAAAAAAAA